UCAAGAAUCAAAAGCCUAACCCCCAAUUUCUAAACCCUCUCUCUCUCUCUCUCUCUCUCUCUCAAGACUGCCAUUUUCUCUGUGAAUUUUUCUUCCGCAGAAUUACUGCAACUUACUAGGGAGAUAUUUGGCCAGGAAGAUGUGGGGUUGGGAUGUGGGAACCCGCCUAUCUGGGAGGAUCGCUGACAGCUUUCUUAUUAACGAAGUUACCAGAAUAAGGGAGGGAGGGAGUAAAAAAAAAAAAAAAACCAAGCAUAUGUUAUACCAGUUUGCCUAAUGGUGUCACACAGUAAAAAGAAUGUCAAAUGAACAAAAAGGAGAAGAAGAUCAGCAAACCACAGGUGCCCCAGUUCUUGGAUGGAGAGCAAUGGUAGAAGAACGGUACCAGAAAAUCAAAGAAAACGCAGAAACUUAUCCGUACGUGUGGGCUUCAUAUAUUGUUGUGUAUGGUGGUUUUGGACUAUGGUUUACCUACAGAUGGAGGAAGCUUCGCAAGACUGAGGACAGGGUACGGGUCCUACAAGAGAGACUACGCAAGCUCGUUGAAGCUGAGGAGUCCAAAAGCUCUGCCGCAUCGGUUCAAAAGACUUCACCAUCUGCCGAUAAACCCCCCAGAUAGUUGGGUUUGCAGCUAAUUCUAUUCACUGUCUCUUUUACCAUCAAUACUUCCACAGUAUGGAAACAGACUGCUUAUGCUUCCCAAAAUAUAUUUUGAGAAUCGAAGAAAUCUCAAAUGAUGAUGAUUUCAAGAGCUUGUUAGAAUUCAGGAAGAACAAUCCUCUUCCUUGUUUUUGGUCAAUAUCCAAGAUUCCAAUAUUGAUAAAAUGUUGUUUCAUAUGUGCAAGCACUGAGUGCCUUUUAGGACUCGUUUAGAUAGUGAGAUGAGAUGAGAUGAGAUGAGUUGAAUAAAAUAUUAUUAGAAUAUUA